AUGUCCCACUGCGCCGACAUAAGUCCGGACGAGCGUGACGCCCCGUACUCUGCGAGGCCAGAAGAGGGCUCGCCGCUGCAGGAUCCCAGAUGCACGACUGUCCAGACACGGUCGCGGGCGCAGAUCAUGGUGGCCCGCACGCCCAGCCGCCUGCCGUACUUUGCUGUGUGCAGCGUGGGCCUCCUCAUGGUCGCCGUCGGCGUCGCCGUCACCACCUACAAACUACACGCGGGUGACGCAAUCAUGGCCCUCUUCAACAGUUCGAUGGAGCUGCUUCGACGCGGAGUCAACGGAUCAGCGGGCGGGGGGAGUGGCCUCGACAACGUUAUGUCCGGAGCGAAUCCGACCUACCUGGCCAAGCACGAAAGAAAAGUCCUCGUGUCUCAAUCCACGUGCAGUAGUGACGUGUGCGUGUGGGCCGAAAACUACCUGCGCGGCCGGCUGAACUCGACCGUCAACCCGUGCACGGACUUCUACGCGCACGUGUGCUCACGGCACUGGGAGGCGGUCGACUUGGAGAUGCAGUCGAGGGCGUACAGAGAACGGGCCGCCGGCAUGAUGAUGGCGGACAUCGAGAGAUUCUUUCGGGACUACCUGAAGGAAAAUGAAGAGCGCUACCACAAGUACCCCGGCGUGUUCCUGCACCAGGCCAUCUCGCUGCUACCAAAGUGCGAGUCCGAAGAGAAGAACGACAAGAACUUCACGUCCCUCCGAAGCCUGCUGGCAGAGUAUAACCUCGGUGGCUGGCCGUACAAGAAGGCGCCCCGCGGUGCUAACAUCGUCACCGUCGCUGCUUUCCUGGGCCGAGAUCUUGGCGUCUUCCCGUUUGCCAGGGUGCUCCUCCGGAGACCUUUCGAGGACGACCGAGGCUACACCGUGCACAUCGAUGCACCUAGCCUGACGCUGAAGAGGUACAACCUAGCGUACCUCAAUGAACCGCCGGAGAACUUCACUCAGAAGGUGGCCAUCGCGUUGUCCCUCUUCGACCAAAAGCUAGACGUAAGUGAAGAAGCAGAAGCCAUUGUCCGUCUUGAGAAGAGACUACAAGGCAUUAUGGGUGCUCCGCACUUCACCGAGUUUCAAGACCGAACCAAGCGCGUUGGACAACUCGACCACACCGGAAAGUGGAACUGGAAAGAGUACUUCAGUAUACUCUCUCAGGACCUGGAGACCUUCCAAAAAGACAAGCCGGUGGCUGUUAUGAACAACGAGUACAUCAGCAAGCUUGCCCCCAUUAUCAACGAGACAGACACUGUGACCCUUCUCAACUAUAUUGGCUACCGCCUCGUCGUCCACCUGUCUCCACUUCUCGCCAGGGCGGCCAGUCCUCUGCUGCGCUUGAGUCACGACGACUACCUGGAAUUUGUACCAGAUCGACGUCAGGCUUGCAUGCACUUGCUGGAACGACUCUACAAGCACGGCAUGCGCUUCUUUGGCCGGAUGACCUUCAGCAAGACCAACUCGACGCUCCUCUUGAAGCACUACGACUACAGCCUGUCGGGUCUCGAAGUGCAGCUCAAGAGCAGCAUGACGGAUCGCCUUCUCUCUUCCUCCUCCUGGUUAGAUCGCUCCGCGAUUGGCAUAGGUGUCGACAAGAUCGAGAACAUGCGCUUGGUCGUCCUUGGCAGCACGGAUGACAUCAACACCAUCGCCAGCUAUUACAACUUCAAUGCGUCGCCGCUCGACCCAAGCCACCUGAUCGGGAGUUUCCGGGAACUGCAGGCAAGUACCAUGAACACCUACUGGGAGACCAAGCCUCCCAAGGACGACUUGGACGCCAGAUACGACCACACGGCCCUUUCGCCGGGACACGAGUACUUCUUCGGUCGUAACGUGCUCUUCAUUCCACACGCAAACAUUGCCUUCCUCAACGACAUCUCCAAAAGUGUUGAGCCGGUACUGUUCCCACUUGUCCUCGCUGAAAUCUUCCGAGGCAUGUUCGGGGCAGUGGACAGGCGCGGAGCCACAGUGGACCACAAUCUAGCAGUGGCCACUUGGUGGAACUCCGAUGAGAUGAGCAAGUUCUCGCAGCUGGAGCUCUGCUUCCAGGACCAGUACUACGUCGAGAUACGGGACCUCAUUGGGGACAACUUCGAGGCGAGGUUAAGGCUGGAAGAGAACAUCGCUGACAACGCCAUCAUCGGUCCGCUGCACGACAUGUACAUGAAGGUUCUCAUGUCCCAGGACGGCGCCGACAGGCUUAAGAUCUCCGUAGACGACCGUCAACUGGACAUGGAGCAGCUGUUCUUCGUCCUUUAUGCUGUGGGGCUAUGCGACAACACGAACCGCGAGGCCUGGAUGCGGACACUGAAGUUUGGCGACAUUCCCGGUCGGCUCCGAGUCAAUAUUCCGCUCAUGAACUUCGCGAAGUUCUCAUCUGCUUUCAGUUGCACUUCAGGAAUGCCCAUGAAUCCGGUGCGCAAGUGCACAAUCUGGUGA